AUGGCCCGGUAUCACGGACAUUGCAUCUGCGGUAGCGUUCGGGUGUCGUUGACGGAGGAGCCGCCAAACUCCUUGGUAUGCCACUGCGGGCACUGUGCUAGAUCUGGAGGUGGCGCUUCAAUUAACUAUAUGGUUGACGAAUCCGAUCUCACCGUCGAGGAAAACAACACCCUCAAGGCAUUUGAAGAUACGCAAACAGCCAGCGGAAACCCCAUCGAGCGCCGAUUCUGUGGAGCCUGUGGCAGCCCUGUUUUCACAAAGACCCCGAAAUAUCCGGGAAAGGUUCUCCUCAAGGCUACGCUCUUUGACCAUAUCUCGAAUCCGGUCAUGGAGGUGUUUACUGGUCAGCGGCAGUCCUGGAGGAAGCCCAUUGAGGGCGCUUCACAGUUGUAAUUUAGUAGCAAGAGGAGCAUGGGUGGAGUUGUGAGUCGCAUGAGGUAGCAUUAGAUUUGCGGGGAAUGGAUGGUGGGAGUGUCAAUAUUUAUAGGGCUUCUUAUGUCUCGCAGUCAAAGGCAACUAGGUUGCGAAGUGCCACUUGUAAGUUGGUCAGUAUAUUCAACUUAGGUAUACCAGUGCGUAUUAAAUUGUCAGCUCUGAAGACAG